UAUAUCUUCCGUUGGGAUUAUGCUUUCGAAUCCAUCUCUUUUACUGAAUAGGAAUCCGAAACGAUUGAGUAAAUUUUAUCGAAAGCAAUCGAACCUGAUGGAGAAUUUCAAGAAAGAUAGCACUGCUAUCGAAGAACACCGACGACGGAGACAAAAAUUGCAAGAUUUAGAACAGAACGCCAAAGACUGCAUCGAAUCUAAAAUGAUGUUAUUUGAGAGUGACUCCAAUCCUGAAAAAGUAUUCGUGGAGAAUUCUUCAACAGAUGGUGAGCAUAAGACGCCUGAAGUGAAACCCAAAAAAAAAAGAGUACAUUCUUCAACGAAUGUAUCAGCAGACAAGGCUGCGCGAUGGUUGGCUAUGACUACUCUUACUGUUAACGUCUCGUUAGCCAUUGCUAAGACUGCAGCAGCAUAUCUCUCGGGUUCAUUAUCAAUAAUCUCUUCGCUAGUUGAUUCGGCGGUAGAUAUAACUUCGGGUCUGGUGAUUUGGUUAACGGCUCGCGCCAUUAGAAAACGGGAUCCAUAUAUGUAUCCUAGAGGAAGGACACGUUUGGAACCUAUUGCUUUGGUAAUUGUAAGUGUUAUAAUGGGAGUGGCAUCUGUUCAAAUGGUAGUGCAGUCGCUAGAGUCAGUUAUCCAUGAUACAGUUAAUCCAAAAGUGGAUAUUGUUUCGUUAUCCAUUAUGGUUGCUAUUAUAUUCAUCAAAUUCGCCCUUAUGCUUCUGUGUAAGAAAUUUGAUUAUAAUUCUUCAGUGGCAGUACUGGCCCAGGAUCAUUGGAAUGAUUGUAUAUCCAAUACAGUCGCUAUAGUAUGUGCUUGGGUCGCAUCAAAUUACUGGCUGUAUUUUGAUCCGAUUGGUGCUAUUGCUGUAUCCAUAUAUAUUGCUACUACUUGGUUUUUCACAGGAAAAGAACACUUAGUAAUGCUUUCGGGCAAGUCAGCUAAACCAGAAUUCAUUAAUCGUAUCGUGAAGGUAUGUGUGGAGCAUGACAAACGAAUUGAUUACAUCGAUACUGUUUACGUAUAUCAUUUCGGUACACGUUUCCUAGUGGAAGUUCACAUUGUGAUGAAUCCAGAUAUGACACUGCGAGAGUCACAUGAUAUUAGCGAAUCGCUACAGACGAGUAUCGAAAGUUUGGCGGAGGUAGAAAGAGCUUUCGUUCACUGUGACUAUGAAUAUGAUCAUCUGCCUGCUGAUGAACAUAAAGUUGUGUAA